GCAAUUAUCGGGGGAAAAACACCAUCAGCUUGUUGCAUUGAGUGCUGGCUUGUCUCUGUGCGCAGCAACUGCAGAUUUCUACAGAAACAGGAUUUGUUGGGAGAGGUUAAGUGGCUUUAAAGCUCUAUCUUGUAAACGGCUGUUCUGACCCAGUGCUAAGGGUAGUGAAGGGCUUCAUUUGCAGGACAUUGCCCUACUGCUGACUUCUCUCUUUCUCUUUGAUCACCCCCAGCAGCUCUCUCUGCUGCUUGCAGUCUAGGCCUGCCUUAAGAUACCUGCCAUGUUCCUGCUGAGGGACGGGAAGCCUAUUUUGGUCGGAUCUGCAGUCCUCCUUGUGGGCGGCUAUGCCUUAUACCGCUUGUGGAGACAUCACAGGACCUCAAAAGAAACAGAGCUAUUGAGGAAAAACGUAUAUGAGACACAACGUGCCCUGAAUGGGUACCUCCUCUUCCACUAUGGAUCGCCACAGGUGCAGUCGCUGUGCAUCACCAACACAGCCACAGAGCAGAACUUCCCACAGAGGUGUGCUGAGGAAUGCAUCAAACACACCACCCAGCAGACUGGUGUUCCCAGUAGAGCCCUGGACAUUGGUUGUGCUGUGGGGAGAGCUUCAUUUGAGCUGGCCCGAGUAUUUCAGGAAGUGGUGGGCAUCGACUUCAGCCACUCAUUUGUGAAUGCUUGCAACCAACUGAAAGAACGAGGCCAACUCACUCACACUGCCACCACUGAAGGUGACUUGAGUGUCCAAUGCACUGCUGUAGUGCCGCAGGACAUUGAGCGGAGUCGAUGUCUUUUCAGGCAGGGGGAUGCUUGUAAUCUGCCUAAGGAUCUAGGAACCUUUGACUGUGUCCUUGCAGGGAACUUGAUCUGUCGCCUACCUGACCCUUUGGCAUUCUUGCACAGACUUCCGGGGCUGGUGGCCCCUGGUGGAAUCCUUGUGAUUACAUCACCUUACACCUGGCUGGAAGAGUUUACGCCAAAGUCACUCUGGCUGGGGGGAUACAAAGAUGAUUCUGGCAAGGAGGUGAGAGGUUUUGACACAUUGAAGCAAGUCUUCUCCCCACAUUUUGAGCUGUUGGCUGAGAAGAAUGAGCCCAUCCUGAUCCGGGAGACAGCGCGAAAGCACGAGUGGACAGUGCCUCAUGUGACAAUAUGGAGAAGGGGAACCUACCAGGAGUCAGCAACCACCUUUGCUGAUGAGAGUGAAACAUGUUUGCUUGAAAAGUAGCUGGCUUACACAAACUAAAUUGCUUUUAUUUUAGAGAAGAAAAUGUUGGCUAGGAACAGGAGUAUUCAGUCAAUCCAGUAGUCUGCUAGAUCACAUCAAGGUCAGGGCCAGGGACAACAGAGUGUUGAUGAGGCUCUACGGGGCACUAGUGAGGCCUCAUUUGGAAUACUGUGCGCAGAUUUGGGCCCCACAUCUUAGGAAGGAUGUGCUGACGUUGGAGAGGGUUCAGAGGAGAUUUACGAGAAUGAUUCCAGGAAUGAAAGGGCUUAAGUAUGAUGAGCGUUUGUCGGCUCUUGGACUGUACUCACUGGAGUACAGAAGGAUGAGAGGGGACCUCGUAGCGACAUUUAAAAUGUUGACAGGUAAGGAUAGAGUAGAUGUGGCUAGGCUGUUUCCCUUGGUGGGCGAGUCCAGGACCAGAGGGCACAAUCUUAGAAUUAGAGGGUACAGUUUCAAGACAGAGAUGAGGAGAAAUUUCUUUACCCAGAGGGUGGUGAAAUUGUGGAACUCCUUGCCACGCACAGCAGUGGAGGCCAGAUCAGUGGGGGUGUUCAAGGAGGAGAUAGACAGAUAUCUAAAUAGUCAGGGUAUCAAGGGAUAUGGGGAUAAGGCUGGAAAAUGGGAUUAGAAUAGUUUGUUUUUUUUUCUUUUUUCUUUUUUCCCACCCCAUUUCUUUUUCCCUUUUCCUUGGAGCAGACUCGAUGGGCCGAAUGGCCUGCUUCUGCUCCCUUGUCUUGUGAUCUUGUGAUCCCAGUCAUGAAAUGUCGAACAAAGAUUCAGGAUCCAUCACUAGCGAACAUUUCUGUUGACUUUCUCCCCAAUAAUUCCCAUCAACAUUUUAACAGUACCUUACAUUCCCUACAAGGUACUCUGAGGUAAAUCAACAUAUCUGAAGUAAUAUCAUCAAUUUACCUGAACAAACUUGACCCCGAUGUUCUAUUCAUAAACAAAUUUUACUCCGACACACUUGGUCUAGAUCCAGUUUUGAUCCAGAUCCAGUUGUACACAGCAGGGUUUCAGAGUAAAAUGUCAAUAUGAAUAGAAUAUAGAAAGUACAGCACAGGAACAGGCUCUUCAGCCCACAAUAUCCGUACUGACCAUAAUGCCAAUUUAAACUGAUCCCACACGUGGUCUAUAUCCCUCCAUUCUUUGCCUGUUCAUGUGCCUGUUAAAGUGCCUCUUAAAUGUUACUAUCAUAUCUCCUUCUUCCACCUCUUCUGGCAGCAAGUUCCAGGCACCUGCCAUUCUCUGUGCAAAGAACUUCUCUUGCAAACAUGCCUGUAUUUUGAAUGAUAGAGCUACAUUCUAGAACCUGCUAACCCAACAGAUUUAAUUCUUGGACACUGAGAAUCAUCACUGGCAACAGGGCACAUUCAGUACAUAAACAAGGAUUGAAUCUGUAAAUGGUUUACUAAACCUCUCCUUCAAAGUAACUAUUAAAUGGAAAAUAAAGACUAGCCUGUUUGAGAUUCAACAUCGAUAAUAUUCUCCAACAAUGAUAUUGCAUGUUAUUGGGUAGAUGUGACUACGAUUGGGAUCUCAUGGGCAGGGCCAUUAUGGAGAGGGAUGGGAGGUGGGUUUCCAAUCAUUUGUAACACACUGAUUAAGAAUGCAGAGCAGCAAUCAAACAAGCAGGAAUAAUACAUAGCCUAAACAACAGAACACAACUCAGAGGAGGUAGUGAUCAAACUUGACAGAGCAGAGUUCUGAACAGAAUGCAAGAUGAAUGCUGUUUCUGCUUCUGGUUGCCAAGAAACAAGAGAGCUAUUCAAGUAAUGGAGCCAGUAUUGUCCGUUCCUUCAGAGGUGGUGGUGGGACCUUUUCUUGAUCCGCUGCUCAUGCAUAAUAAAACCAUACUCUUCCCCAUCACCCACCCCAGCAACUCUGAAUCACAAAAAUGUUGGAACCUCUGAUCAAAAGACUCCCCACUGCAGCACUUUAUGAUUCCACUGGUCCCAGGAUCUUUUCUGACUAUUAGUUUCUCGGUACAGUUAUAAGUGUUUAAUCAUGUAAAAAAAACUCUUUCAAUAAAGGAAAUACAUUUUUAAGUUAAAUAA